AUGGCGGCGUGCAAGGAAAUGACUUCUUGCGCUUUGCUUUUGGAAGAAUUCGAAAUAUGGUUAAAUGAGACGGAUAGUGAAACCAUAUUCUUGUUGGAGAGCGGUAGCCAACAAGAUGGAUGUGUACUAUUGCAGCUGUUACUGGCCGCGGAACAUGAAUUCCGAUUACUCUGCCCCUCAGGUUAUCCAAACCACGAAGAUAACUUUUUUGUAGAGGCAGGCCCAGCUGUUAGAUUGUGGUGCAAUGCACUCAAUGAGUAUCUCUUAGAUGCCCCAUCGAUUCUUACUCUGAAGGAAGUCCUUAAUAAAGCUGUUAUGCUCCAUGGUAACGGAAAAAGAGAUGGCACAUCGCCAGAAGGAACUGAUGAAGAAGAUGGAAUGGAAGAAGAUGAGAUUGAAGAGGAAGACCAUGAGGCAAUGAUGAUGUCUGAUGACGACGAUGAUAAUACAUUUACAACCAAGUGGGAAUUAGAUAUAGCCAGGAAAAAGAAACUAUGGGCUUUGAAAGAAGCAGAAAUCAGAGAUGAAAUGAAAAAGAGAAAACACAUUGUAGCCUGUUCAGAACCCAUGGAGUUGGAGGUACGGCAAGCGUCCGACCAGGAACAAGAACAAGCUCAACAGAUCUUCAGUAAUACAGCGGCGUCAGGUGUCCUCACAAAUGACCUUGUUAGGAUAUUGGAGUCUGAACAGGAGCUGGGGCUGACAGCGGAACCUGUAGACGAUAAUAUUUACAAAUGGAGUGUGAAAUUAUUUGAUUUUGAAGCUGACAGGUAUCUCAUUUCAUAUAAUUGA